AGGCGAUGGCGUUCGGGAACCUUGGCGGGAGGUCCCGGCUGUGAGGUCCAGCAUCUUGGCGGUUCCACAGCAGAUUGGUAAGAGGUCCGCAGCUUCAUUGCCUUUCCCAUAGCCAUGGUCCACUCUCCGGAGUUUGCAAAGGAGGCCUGAGGGUUCCAUGGACUCCUGGAUUUCAGCAAGAUCUCCCAGUUCUGUGUGUUUGAUGAGUCUACCUCACUAAAACAAGCUUAAGGGAAGGAAGCCCAGAGACCUCACUUUUUUCUGGGGCAGCUUCCUAAUGCUUUGGUGACAUCUUUGGAUCCAUUAUGCUUCUGUCUGGAUGAUUGCUGAAUGGUUGAGCUGUUCUUCUGGAGUUCUCUCCGUGACUUGGGUUCCAAAGCAAAUUGACAUUUAAAUCUUGAUGACUGGAAAGCAGAAAUGACCCAUUCCAUCAGGUUGUCCUUGAAAACCUGGAUUCGAAGAGAUUACCCUGGAUCUUUCAUGGUUCCGAGUCACAACACAUGAUUGAUUAAAUCUUCUUUUUACUCUAAAUACCCAGCAACUAUAACCCUUUUCUUUCCACUCUGUUGAGUUUUGAAGUGAUAACAUUUAGUGCUGUCUCCCAUUCCUUGGACCCCAUUCACUCUCCAAACCAUUGCAAUCCAAUUUCUGCCUUGCCACUUCAUUGAAACUGCUUUGGCAAAAGAUAACACCUUCAAAAUUGUUAACUCCAACGGAUAUUUUUAUCCUUUUUUUUUUUUUUUACUCUACUGCUUUAGAUGAUAUUGCUACAUUCUCCUUCUCUAAACUUCCUUUAAACAAAUAUACUUUCUUUGCUCUGUGCAUUCAUAACUUGUUUUCCUUUCUUAUUGACUGGUCCUUCUUAUUUGAGACUUUGUAUUAUCUCUUGAACCUUAAUUUUAUCCUUUCUCAUAUACUCAAACUCAAAAGAUCCUGUGAGCUCUACUUUCAAAAGGUACCUGAAUCCUACCAGUUCUUGUUACCACUCUAAACUACUAUCAUUCUCUCAUGAAUUAAUGGUACGGCCUUCCAAACAACAACAACAACAACAACAACAACAACAAAGGCCUGUUUUUGCUUUUGCCCCACACAGCAGAUUCGGUAAGUAAUAGCCAGAGUAGGUUUGCCUUGGAGGAGCCUAGGUGUGAUCUGCCAGAACAGGAGAUAUUGCAGAUGAGAGCUGGUGAACCCAGCAGUCAGAGGGACCUCAGCGUCAUCAAGGACCAACUAUAUGUGUCCAGCAUCGACCAGGUUGCUGGACAUCUGCGGAGCCUCCUGGAGGGAGAGUGUCACACCUUGGAGAGGAUGAUCCCCACCCUGCAGCGCUGCCUGGAAGAGGAAUAUACAGGGGCACCCCGGCCCUCCGAGGCAACCCUAGAGCCCACCCUGGCAGAGCUGAAGGAACAGAAGGCGGCCAUGCGACAGGAGCUGCAGGCCCCUCUGAGGCCAUCCUGUGUCUCCUCCAGCCACAGGCAGCAGCCCAUGGGCUCCUCCAGCCAGGGUCCCGGAGGAGGCUGGCCUUGCCCCCGUGGGGCUGCAGGAGGCUGGGCGGGGCCCCGCCGCGGCUGCCUGCCUGCCCCUCCACCGGAGCACUGCCCCGGAGACCUGACUGCCACCUGCUGCGGGCGACGGAGGCUUCAGUGCAGCACGGGGAAAAGGCCUGCGUCUACUCCAGUGUCCAGCGCGGCACCCCACGUCCCCACCUGAAGGGCUGGUCGGGAAGUAGGCUUCGGCUUCUGCUUCUGUUGGAACUCACCCCGUCUGCCGCUGCCACCUCUCAGCUGCUCUGGCCCAGCCUGCUUCAGAUCUAGUCUUGGUUAGGCCCUUGCCAGGACGCAAGGCUGUCCAUCUGUCUGGCCCUUCUUGCCCCACCCCCUUGCCAAGCCCCUGGUGUCUCAUUCUGACCAUCAGGGCCUUUAGCCUUUCUUCUUCCAGUCCUCCACAAAGGCCUGGCGGGCAGAGGUCUCAUCCCAGCACCGACUCUUGUCCCCCUGGGGGACUCAAACAAAGCACAGUGGCAGCUCAGAGACAGGAAUAGAAAUUUCAUUUCAAAUUUCAAAUUUCAAAACAUAAAUCAUAUUACUUUGCCAAUUUAAACUUCUACUGGCUUCCAAUAUUAUUCAAAGUAAAAUUCCACAUAAUGAAGUCUAUAUAAUGUUCAUUAAGGCUCUACUUCAUCUGUCUCCUUAUUCUUUCUCUGACAUCACUUCCUUCUACUUUCUUUCUCCAUUUGUAAUAUUUUUCAUCCGUACUGACCCCAUGUUGUUUUCCAAUCCAAGCACACUCAUAACUCAAGAACCUUGCAUUUGCUAUUUCUUUUUCUUGGAAAGCUCUAUUCCUAGAUAUUCAUAUGACUAAUCUUCUCACUUUAGAUCUUUGCUCAAAAUCACCCUAAAAGUGAAGCAUUUCCUAACCACGCCAUAUAAAAUAGCAAUGCUCUCCCUCCUCCAGACCUUAUUUGAUUUUUCUCAGUUGUACUUAUCUUCAACUUAUUAUACUAUUGGUGGCAGCUAGAUAUUUUGUCUUGACUUUUCUCCUAAGAUUCCUGAAAAACAUUUCUACUUAAUUGUUGUAAGGACACCUUGAAUGGACAUGUUCAAAACUUUAGCACAUUUUAUGCCCCCCGAAAUACGCAUUUGUAACCUGAACAAAACCUUUGGCAUCAUGCUUCUAUGUAGUUAUUCAUAUUCCUUUUCCACUUGUAACACUCUUUGUCAUUUGCUAAUUCCUACCCAUGCUGUAAGAUCAGAUUUCAUUUCUUGCAGUUUUUGUAUUAGCAUGAUUUCCACCCUUAGAAUGGUUAAUUGUUCCUCCUCUCUCUUUCUAUAAAACCUUGAGCUUAUCUUUAACCACUGUAUGUAUUGAAUUAUAACAAUUUGAUUUCUUUAAUUAUCUCUGUCCCCUAAUAAAUUAUAAUCUCCUUAAGGAUAGGGAUUGUGCUCUACAUAUCUUUCUGUUCCUAGCACCUUAGUAUUGUCAGCAGAGAAGGCACUCAAGGAGUGUUUGUUAAACUGAUUAGAAUUUUAAGGCAACGACUAGCCCAAAAGGGCAGAAGAGAAGGGAAACAGGAGGAAAGGAACUUUGUGCCCCAACCUGAUUCAUUACCAAGAUUAAUCUUUAUGCAACUGCAAAAACUUGAAGUCUUGGGGACUGGAAGUAGGGCAUAGGGGUAGAAAAGGAUUGGCAUGCGACAGAUGCCCUUGAAGAGAGGGAAGAUAAUAGAGGUAAAACAACAGAACCUCCUUCUCUUAAGUUUCACAGCACCAUAUCAGGUGGCUGGCCCAGCUUUAGUUGUCCUGUUGGCUGGUGGCAGAAAGAUAAAUUACACAACAAUGAAUUUUUACAUCCAGAAGUAUCUUGCAAACAGAAGGAAAAUAGAGAACAAUGUUAUGUUUCAGAGAAAUGCCAUGAAUGAACAAUAUAAUAACAAACUUUUAGUAUAUUUUAAAUUUUAGAUAAUUGGAUAAUUGAUUUCCUUUGAUGCAUGGCUGUUUUCUUAUCCUUUUCUGCCCAAUGGCAAAUAAAUAGAUGCUGAAUUGAGGCUUAGAGUAGAUAAUUCAGUGGUUGAUGUUUCCAUUCCUAGUAAUUAAAGAGUUAGAAUAGAAAAAUACUUCUGACUCCAAAUAUUUGCUUUUUUGUUUAAUCUCUUGCUUCUUCAGAAAGAAAUGUUUCCAAAGACAUGUAUUCAAGUGCUGGCUUCCUUCCUUACUAAUUAAUCACUUAACUUACUGGAUUCAGUUUCCUGAUUUUUUGAAAUGACUGUAAUAAUAUUUGUACUACCUAGCUCCCAGUGUUGUUGUUGUGAGGCUCCAAUGAAAACUAUAAAGUGCUACGUGGAGGUAUUAUUUUUAAAGUCACCAUAAAAACAGGAGACUAUCUAAUUGGUAUAUAUUGUCUUCUCACUUAAAAUUAUAUUAUUUGAUGUUUGGUAUUUUAAAAUGACAACAUUUACUUUAAACUAUUGUUUUGUUAUUAUUACUUCCAGAACAAGCAAUAUGAUUGAUAAAUUAAUUAUGAAUAUAUUGAAGCCUUUCUCUGAGACAGUGUCUGUCCACACUCAAAAACUCAGGGUCCACACUCAGAAGACCACACUGAACAUUUUCUUUUGUUUCUGCUGGUGGCUUAUGCUUCCUGAAUGGAUUCUAAGAAGGAAUUCUGUUAUAUUGAUUUACUCUUGUAGCAGGUUUGUUGUAUAGCCAGCUUGGAAUAUAGACAUGAUUGUAGGAGUUCAUAAUAUUUGUUAGAGGAAGCAGAUCUAUCUUUAUAAUAAGCACUUGGCAGAACAUUUUUUUUCAGGAGAAAAUAUUCCAAGUUUUUACUGGAUAUUAAGUGAAUUAUCAUUCAUUUACUCAUUCAACAAAUAUAUACUGAGUAGCUAUUAAGUGCCCAUGUUUUAGGCAUUUGGAAAUAUCUAUGAGUAAAAUAGAGUUUCCAGCUUCUUGUUUCAGUAGGGGGAGACAAACAUUAAACAAUAAAUAUAAUAAAUGAGUAUAUUAUGUAGUAUGCUAGAAUGUGAAAAUUAAUAUGGGGGAAAAAAGGAAAGCACGAUGACAGAGAUCCAGAGGCUGAACUUACACACUCAUUCAGCCAAAUAGUGAGUAUUUAAGUACAACUGCAAAGAAGGUAAUCUCUAAUUCAUAGUGUACUAGCAAUACUUAGAGAAAUCCAAAAUCUAGUUUGAAAACAUCAGCAAAGGUGGUGAUGAUAUGGGGAAAUGAGGCUAGCUAACAGAUUGCUAGUGGGUGUGUGAAUUAUUCCAACUUGUAAGUAACAUAAUCUGACAUUAUUUAUUAAAUUUAUAAUGAACAACUAUUUCACCAACUUCUGUGAAUCCAUCCUACAAAAGGGAAAAUAUUUGUAUAUAAGGAAUUUAUUCCAGCAUUUUCUGUUGUUGCAAAAGAAGGAAAAGGAGGUGAUUAGGUAGGAGCCAAUGCACAACUAAAGCAGAAGAUGAGCACCCAUCUGAAUAUUACCAAACAUUUAAUGAUAACUGAAUCCAUGAAAUUUCAUGGAUAAUGCCAGAGAAAAUAGAAUUAAAGAACAAGUAGGAUUUUAAAGCAGUAUAAUUUAUAUCAUUUAAGAGAUUAAAGAAGCUAAUGCAACCAGGAAACAAUGACAGGCUUAAAAAAAUUAGCCGAUUAGAGAUCAUCAAAAUAAAAAGCUCAGUAAAUGGGCUGAACAGUAGCAUAAUCAGAGAUGAAGAUUCAGUUAAUGAUUAAGAAGAUGGAACAAAUGAGUUUACUUAGAAUUCAGCACAAAAGACAAAAAGAUGAACAGUAUGAAAGAGAUAAUUCAUUUAGGUUCAAAAAUUGCUAUAUUCAUUUAAACGAUCUCCAGGAGUUUCCAGUUAUUGCGGAGUGAGUCACCACGAGCAGCA